AUGGCCCUCGGCACUUUCACCAAGUCUGUUACACAACCAAUCAACGCCGGGGAUCCAACUGAAAACAGCACCGACGGAUUGAAAGAAACACGCAUUUGCACAAGGUCAUUGGGUGGAAAUUCUGCGGUCCGCAUUCCAACGACGUUGUCUGGGCAACUUGUUUGGUCAGGACAAGACUUUCCUCACAAAAGCUUGUACGCUCUCUGCCUAACUAGUGAGGAUAUUGCCGAUGUUGAAAAGGCUCUGGAGGCGUUUAAAGCUCUCUGUCUCGAUGGGGAUGAAGUGUCCAAGGCAAACUUUCCGUUACCCAAUCUCACGGAAAGGCUCGAAAAGUGUUCCAAGAUCCUUCAUGACGGGCGAGGGUUCUUUGUUAUCAAAGGGAUAGACAUGUCUCACUACACAGUGGAGGACAGUAUCGUCAUAUAUCUCGGCAUUGCGAGCUACAUUGCGGACCAGCGAGGCAUUCAAGACCGAGAGGGCAAUGUUCUCAGACAUAUCACAAGCUCCAAAAUGUGGGACGUACCGUUGGAGAAGAGGCACGGCAUUCAUUCCAAUGCGGCUUUGCCGUUCCACAACGAUAUGGGAUGCGAUAUUCUCGCGCUCCAAGUGCGUCACUGCGCCCACAGCAGGGGCUCUACCUUUGUCAGUUCCGCGGCGAGCAUCUUCAACCGGCUACUCACCGUGGAACCCGCCGUUGUCCGGACGCUGUUCGAGCCAAACUGGCCGGUCCAAUGUUCUGGGCGUCAUGCUCAACACUACUUGGCACCAGUUAUGAAAUGGCACCAUGACCGGUUGAUGACCGGCAUGGACCCCAAUAGAUUUGGUCCCCAUCCGGCAUCCAGUGGAUCAUCCAUCCCUGUACUGACCCAGGACCAGAGAUAUGCCCUCCAGAAACUGGAUGAAGCUGCCCUGUCUACGGAGCUGGAGCUUGAUCUCGAGCGUGGCGAUCUUUUGUUCCUGAACAACUGGGCUCUCCUCCACCGCCGGGAAGCGUACGACGACGACGAAACGACUUGCCGCCAUUUAAUUCGGCUCUGGCUACGAAGUACGCGGCAUGGAUGGCACGUUCCUCCAGAAAUGUUACUUCCUUGGCAGACGGCAUACAAUGAUAAAAUUCAAACUCGGAUUUACGCCCUGCAUCCCUCGCCGACCUACUCAACUCCCAAGUACUCGGUGGGAUCUGCUGCAUUUCUCAUUUAUGAUGACGAUCAGGAAGUUGAUGAGAGUCUCAUUCGCUAA